AAUAAUAAUAAUAAUAAUAGUCCGGUUGCGCGUUUUUCGUGCUGGUAGUGUAUUAUAAUUAGCCAUGCCCCGUAACGUUGCUAACAUCAGACCUUGCGCGUUUUUCCAUAUUACUAUCUGAACGAGUAAAUAGAAAAAAAAAAAUUAUAUUGUAAUUUCGCUGAGACAAUAUCACACUCACUAUUCACACACGCGCACCAAGACGAUACAUACUUAUAUAUAUAUAUAUAUAUAUAUAUAUUGUGUGUUUAUAUGUAUAUAUAUGUGUGUGAACGUAUAUAUAAGGCGCCCGUGUGUCAUCUAUGUUCGUCCGAAAUCGGUUUUGAGGAAUUUGUCUGAGAUCACCAGAAUAAAUGACAGUCCAAUGACAUGCGCUAUGAGAUGGAAGACUAAACGCACCGUUUGUAAUUUUUAUUGAAUCGUAAAAAUACCCUUAUCAUAAUACUACCAUGGGUCAAACACUAUCAGAACCAGUGACUACGAAACACACAGAAAGCUGUAAGAAUCAGUAUUUAAAAGUUGGUUCCAGCUCUAUGCAAGGAUGGAGAAUCAACAUGGAAGAUUCCCAUACACACAUUCUAGCACUACCUGAUGAUCCAAGUGCUGCAUUUUUUGGAGUCUACGAUGGUCAUGGAGGUGCAAGAAUAGCGCAAUAUGCUGGCAAACAUUUACAUAAAUUUAUUACUAAAAGACCAGAAUAUGAAGAAAAUAAAAUUAGUGAAGCAUUACAACUAGGUUUUAUGGACAUGGAUACUGCUAUGGCUGAAGAUGAAAUGCUAAAAGAUGAGCUUGCUGGAUCUACUGCUGUUGUUGUUGUAGUAAAAGAUAAAGUAAUUUAUUGUGCUAAUGUUGGGGAUUCCAGAGCUAUUGCAUCAGUGAAUGGUGUAGUAGAACCAUUAUCAUAUGACCACAAACCAAACAAUGAAUUGGAAACUAAAAGAAUUGAAGCUGCUGGUGGUUGGGUCAUGUUUAACAGGGUGAAUGGUAAUUUAGCUCUAUCCAGAGCUUUAGGCGAUUAUAUAUUUAAAAAAAAUGACCAAAAAAAAUUAGAUGAACAAAUAGUUAUUGCAUGGCCUGAUAUUGAAGUAAAGCCAGUUUCAAAGGACUUAGAAUUUAUUGUAUUAGCUUGUGAUGGAAUUUGGGAUGUAAUGACCAACGAGGAAGUUGUUGAGUUUGUACGAUUCCGUGUCAGCAAUGGUAUGGAACCCGAAGAUAUAUGUGAAGACUUAAUGACUAGAUGUUUAGCACCUAAUGGUCAAAUGGGUGGUCUUGGAUGUGACAACAUGACAGUUGUGAUAGUUUGUUUCCUGGGAGACCGAACUUGGAAAGAACUACAAAUACAAUGUUCUAAACCUAUACCAGGAAAAUCAAACAGCCCUAGUAAUUCGCCAAAACUCAGUACCAAAACUGUACACUAG